AUGGAGAAACAGGUAUCUGCAAUCAGGGACCGGGCCAUUGCCACCACGGACAUUGGAGAGCGAGCUGCCACGAUCGAAGCUGUCAUCCUGAAGAACAACCAGGCAUUCCAGACGAACGUGCUGAAUCCGAGUGCGACGCCAUUCAAUCCGGCGCCUCAGGAAUACCAUGCACCUGAUACAAUUUCACGCAAUCACCAGGCCUUGGACGCUGCGGCUGCUCCUCCGGCGCAGGAGAGAUACGUCGUUCCGCACCGCCGAUUCGAAGAGCGGUUCAACCCCAACUACAGGGGCAACCCAGGAGACCCUCUAAACCAGUCUGUAGGAAUACCGCUCCAUAUGAGUACCUCCUUAUGGGUAACAGGCCUACCCGGAGAUUGUACGGUGCACGAAUUGCUCGAGCCUAUCCGCAACAUCGGGAAAGUGUAUUUCGUCCACAUCAACCGUCCUUUGGCGACCAUACCGACUUCAGCCGCAAAGAUCGUGAUGUGGACCGUCGAAGGAAAGACAGAUUCAUCGACUUCUCCGCCAGAGGCGCCUUUCAGGUCCGAGAUUAUCAACUAA